CAAAGUGUUGGCAGUAUUGAUUCUGAUAGUCUCGAUUCACCACAGUUACGAGACAGCCUCGAGGAUAAUUUAGAUAAUUACCCAAAAAAUUCUCGAGCAAGCCCAAGACCUCAGAUGAAGCCUAAACCUACUGGAUUGAAAACAGCUGAAACCCCGACAAAAAGUUUGAAGUCCGAUCAGGUCAAUGAGAAACCCAGAGUUGGAUCAUCUACAAAUUGGAUGGCUGAGCUAAGUAAUAAACUUCAAAAUCUAGGACAUUUCUCAGAUCAAGAGAAUUCUGCAGAUGAAAAAACAUCUGGCCAGUUACUUUCCUUGCAGUCCAAUCAACAAAAACACAAAUCAGGCAGGAAAAAUAAUGGACCCACAGGAAAUCUGUAUCAUUCUACAGUCAAAAGAAAGUCUACUGAUGAUUCACUUUCACGCAUGAAAUGUGAUGUACCUAGUCCAAAUAAAAGAAAUCUUCAAAAUGGUGUAGAGACUGAACACAUUGCAUCUCAAUCCCCUCCCCCAUCGGUCCCACCACCACCACCGCCUGCCCCACCCCCACCCCCAAUUCUCGCAGUGACAAGUGGCAAGAAACAGGUUGUUAAGCCUGCCAUCAUUUCUAAGGACCUCCCGCAGCCAUCACGUGCUACUAACCGUGGAUUGCAAUGUGGAAUUCCUCCAACAGAGAAUAUGGACAAUUCUCCACUUUUAGUAAAGUCCAAGGAUCUACGUGAUCAAAGAGAAGUCCUACACUCCACCUCCAAACCUCACCCAAGUCAACUUCAUGACCUCAGACAUGUCAAAAAGAGUACCAUGGUGUCCAUUGCAGAAAUACUCAAAAAGGCUGUUUCCAGCAGGCGGAUGGCUCUAGGAGAAGACCCGAACAGUCCACCACAGUCUGUGGCCAGUAGUUGGUCACUCAUGGAUGACUGACCAUUAUCCAAAAUAUCACAGGAUUCAUGUUUUCCUUCAUGUAGGACAGGGUAACUCAUGGAUGACUGAUCACGUGUCCGAAGUAACACAAGAUUUACACUGUCCUUCAGGUAGGACAGGGUAACUCAUGGAUGACUGAUCACAUGUCCGAAGUAACACAAGAUUUACCCUGUCCUUGUUAGGACAGACCCAGUGUUAGCAGUAGUUUAUACAGUUCAGAGUCUGUAAAGUUAUAUGGUUUAGUUGCAAGGAUGAUUUGAUAACUAAAUAUUUAGUAUUACCGUAUUCAUAUUCCUCUGUGUCUAGAUACAAUAUUGUUUUCUCAAAAAUAUGGAUUCAAUAUAAAGAAUUUUCAAUAGCAUCUGUUUGUUUCUGAAUUUUGAAAAAUCAUUUUAUUCUAUUUAUAAAAACAAAAAUUCCUAAUUCUAAUUAUAUUUAAAAAUAAACUUGAGAUAAGCUACUACAGCAAAUUCAUUACUGUAUUAUAUAUAUAUUCCCAUGUAUAUAAAAUGGAGUAGUCAAGGAUUAAAACCAGCAAAAGAACAUAUUCUGCUUUAAUUUUACAGAGCUGUUGGAUUUGUUUUAGUGCAACAUUAUUUGCUAGUAUAAACACCAAGGCAUGCCUAUAGAUUAUUAAAUGUACAUGUGGUAUAGAUUUUAACAGUGUAAUUAUGACACUGCAGAUUUUGACAAAUGUUGUAGUUACAGUUUUAGCACUUGUUAUGUUAAUCUUCAGUAUAGUGUGUUUAAGACCUAUACAUUGUUAGUGAUAUUAUACUGUUAAGAUGUGUCUGACAGCUAUAUAUACCUUACCAUAGUUGUAUGGUUUGGUUACAACCUGUUGUAUGUUUAGGUGAAGUAUACACAGCCAGCAGUGUGAAGUUGUGAACAGGCUUAUUUGUAUGAAAGCUAGAAUUCAUGAGAUGAGAAGCUAUAAGUAUGGAUGUGAGAGAAUGAUUUUUAGUAGUGACUGAUCAAUAGAUUAAUACAAGUGUGUACGUGAGCAGCCAGAAUCUGCCAGACAAAAAGUGUCUGGUUUGAAAUGUUUGGUAGUUUCAGGAGACUUGAAUCUCGUUUCCUCACUGAUGUCAAUAUCAGCCAUCUUUGUUGUCAAUGAAGCAUUGAGUGCUAGAUGUAGUAAACCUUGACUCUUAUUGACAAAUAUAUAUGUGUGGUGUGCAUCAUGUGUGUUAGUCAAAUUAGUAUACUUUAUACAAAUGUUUCCCAAACUGUCGUUAUAUUUUAUCAUGGUAAAUGAUGUUUUAGUUUUUGACUAUAAUUAUAAGUUAUACUAGUGUAAGCUUAGCCAUAUAUAUAUACAUACACAAAAUGUAAUAAUUAGUAUUAUCUCAUUUCAAGGUUUUUAUUACAUAAUGAUAUCUUAUUUUAUUGAAAUGGUUUUAUACAUUUUUGAGAAUGAUGGAUGAGAUACAUAUAUGUCCCAGUAUAACUAGAGCCCUUUAUCUUAUUUUACAUUUCUUUUCAUAUUGUGUUCCUCAUUUACUUUGUGUCCGUCCAGUAGGCAAGUCUGUUGUAUCUGUCCUGAACAUAAACAAAAUCUUAUCUACAGUACAGAGAAUGUGUUUAUUUACAGCAUCCGUCCUGUUUUACUUGUGUUAAUAUUUAAGUACUGUAUAUGUAUACACUUCUUCAUAAGUAAAUUUAAACUCAUUAUUAUAAUAUAAACUUCUAUCUAUAGCCUCUGUCUAUCUGUCUGUCGGUAUAUGAUAUAUAUAAUAUAGUUACCAGCUGUAUAAUAGUGAAUCAUUACUAAGAUCAGUGUCUCACAAGUUUUCUACACAGCAUUGUAAUUAUUGUACCUUAAGUAAACUUACCUACCUCCUUUUUCAAUGUGUACCGUUUUCUAUAUCAUUCACUGAAUAUAUUUAGUCCUACACAGGAUAUAUUUUGUAUUUGUAUGUUUUGUCUUCAAAUUUUCAUUCCAAGUUUGUUUUGUGUACAUAUAUCGUACAGGUAUGUAGAUCUGUAAAAUUUGUGAUAAAUAUUUAUUACAAUUCUGUCAUCCAUAAGUAUUUGUUUUACAAAUGAACAUUCCAAAACUACAGCAUUUCUUUUUUUUUUAGUGUAAGGCUUUUGAACACUUAUAUGUAUUGUAUUUGUCACUUGGUAAAUCUAUGUUGAACAAAUUCUGAUGCAAAAUCUGUUUAAUAGUAUUUAAAAAUCAUCGGCUCAUCAUUUAUAUUCACAACACAUGCAUCAGAUACAAUGUACCCAUAAGGAACUAC